AUGAAGAUCAGUCCAAACUGCUGUGAGAAGAGCACAGAUGAGAGUUACAAUGAUGAAGUCCGAUUCAGGUGUUUCCUCUCCACGGUGGCGUGCCCUUUGUUGGAUGAUGUGGUAGACGAAGAAGUGUUAAUACUCAGACGAGCAUUCAGGAAUUAAAGAGUGUUCCAGGACAGGUCAGACCCGUUGGCCUUUGCAGAGGAAUAUCUGACUGAGAGGUACAGAUUUUCAGUUGAUGGCAUCUGAUAUUUGUGUAGGCUGUUGGCUCCAAAGAUACAAUACAGAACAGCGCGGAGCCAUGCUCUCACUGUCCCACAGAUGGUCUGCGUAACGCUACGAUUUUUAGCAAGUGGCAUGUUCCUUUAUUCUGUUGGAGAUGCUGAAAACCUCAAAACCACUAUUUGCCGCACGAUAAGACAUGUUUGUCUGGCACUGAAAUCACUUGUGCACAUAUUCGUCACCUUCCCUGGCCACAGAAGAUUCCUCCACAUCAAGGAGGAGUUCUACAAGAUUGCAGCUUUCCCUAAUGUCAUUGGUGCAGUGGAUUGCACCCAUAUCCAUAUCAAACGCUCCUCAGGGACACACGAGGGUGAUUAUGUUAACAGGAAGUCCUUCCACAGUAUCAAUGUUCAGAUGAUCUGUGAUGCUGACUGCCUUAUUACAAAUUUAGAGGCCAAGUGGCCUGGCUCAGUCCAUGACUCCAGAGUCUUUCGGGCCAGUAGAAUUUACCAGAGACUCUCUCUAGGUGAGUUCUCUGGUGUGCUGCCAGGAGACAAAUCCUAUGUCUGCGAGACAUUCCUGUUGACUCCCCUCACAGACCCCCAAACCCCAGCACAGCAGGCUUACAACCAUGCCCACGCCAGAACUGUCAUGAUGGGGCAGACUGGUGCUCUGGUGUUUGAGGAUCGGUGCCCAGAGCGUUUGGAUGUUUGUCUGAAACAGCAUCAACCGCCUCAUCACAGUCUGAAACAACAUCAACCGCCUCAUCACAGUCUGAAACAGCAUCACCCGCCUCAUCACAGUCUGAAACAGCAUCAACCGCCUCAUCACAGUCUGAAACAGCAUCAACCGCCUCAUCACAGUCUGAAACAGCAUCAACCGCCUCAUCACAGUCUGAAACAGCAUCAACCGCCUCAUCACAGUCUGAAACAGCAUCAACCGCCUCAUCACAGUCUGAAACAGCAUCAACCGCCUCAUCACAGUCUGAAACAGCAUCAACCGCCUCAUCACAGUCUGAAACAGCAUCAACCGCCUCAUCACAGUCUGAAACAGCAUCAACCGCCUCAUCACAGUCUGAAACAGCAUCAACCGCCUCAUCACAGUCUGAAACAGCAUCAACCGCCUCAUCACAGUCUGAAACAGCAUCAACCGCCUCAUCACAGUCUGAAACAGCAUCAACCGCCUCAUCACAGUCUGAAACAGCAUCAACCGCCUCAUCACAGUCUGAAACAGCAUCAACCGCCUCAUCACAGUCUGAAACAGCAUCAACCGCCUCAUCACAGUCUGAAACAGCAUCAACCGCCUCAUCACAGUCUGAAACAGCAUCAACCGCCUCAUCACAGUCUGAAACAGCAUCAACCGCCUCAUCACAGUCUGAAACAGCAUCAACCGCCUCAUCACAGUCUGAAACAGCAUCAACCGCCUCAUCACAGUCUGAAACAGCAUCAACCGCCUCAUCACAGUCUGAAACAGCAUCAACCGUCUCAUCACAGUCUGAAACAGCAUCAACCGUCUCAUCACAGUCUGAAACAGCAUCAACCGUCUCAUCACAGUCUGAAACAGCAUCAAUCGUCUCAUCACAGUCUGAAACAGCAUCAACCGUCUCAUCACAGCCUGAAACAGCAUCAAUCGUCUCAUCACAGUCUGAAACAGCAUCAACCGCCUCAUCACAGUCUGAAACAACAUCAACCGUCUCAUCACAGUCUGAAACAGCAUCAACCGCCUCAUCACAGUCUGAAACAGCAUCAACCGUCUCAUCACAGUCUGAAACACCAUCAACCGCCUCAUCACAGCCUAAAACUACACCUGCUUUUCUUCUCACCAGUGAAGAGCUCUUCGUCCAAACAUCUUUUUCACAGAGCCCACAACAUCCUACAACAACAUCAACUACAGCUGUGCCUUCUCAACAAACUCAGCAAGCAUCAUCAACACAAUCUACAGAAACAUCUUCCACCACUCAAGAAAGUCAGAUAUCUACAGACGCCUCGUUAGAUUCACCUUUUGUUCUCACAACCAUGAGAAAUGCCAGUUUAGUUCAUUCCCCAGUGACUACCCCUCUAGCUCCUGGACACAGCGGCUCAACAGAGCUCAAUUAUCUAGGAUCAGCAGCAACUACCACCAUGGACGAAAGCAUAUCCUCAAUACCAACAGACUCGUCACAGUCUAUCAACACCGCUACAAGAGAAAACACAGAUACAGCUUUAUACUCAGAGAGAGUUGUUUUUUUUAUAAACCCACCUCAUGCACCAGAGAUUCAAACCAUUACCUUUAAUCACCCGCUGGUGUUUCAGGCCACCAUUAUGAAAUCAAAACCUACAGAACCGUGAAAUACCUCAACUGUAAAGCUGAAGUAUGUUGUUGCUGUAAUCCUAGAAUUAAACUAAUACAUCUACAACAUCAAACCUCCUUCGCUAGAGAGUGAGGAUAUCCAAACCGCUACAGAUAUUGACAUUAACAAUAACAUUUUAUCCACAGUUUCAUUCAGUUAAUCUCUCCAAUGCAGCUGCACCUUAAAGGGGUAGUUUACCCCAAAAUGAACAUUUGUCAUGAAUUACUCAUCUUGUAGUUGUUCCAAACCAAGGUUAUUUUAGUUUACUAAAAUUCAAACUUUGAAAACGUUCCUGUUUGUUGAAAUUAAAUUAAAUAUCAACCUAAAAACUAUUGGAAAAACUUACAAAAUAUAAAGCAGUAAAAAAUAUAAAAAUAAACCAAAAAAAAAAGAAUUAAUCUUAUAUAGCAACAUUAAAAACUGAACUAUCUAUUUAAAUCAAGAAAGUAUUUUGACAGUAAUAAUGACAUACUUCAGCUUCUGUAAAAGUGUUGCAUGUACUGUAUGUGCGUAGGUUAUGUUUCAAACAUCUUUAAAGUUCAUUUCUCCCCGUUUUCCUUGCAGUACAUCAUAUCUGAUGCAGCCCCGUCCCAGGCUUGCGUUGAGCCAGUUUUGCUUUUUCAAGUUUGUUGGGGUUGCUAAAAGACAGAAAUAUUUUGAGAAUAAUUACAACAGAAACAGAAGCUUUCUGCUAGCAGACGGGAGGCAAGAGAAUAUAAAGAAUGCACUUAACCUCCGUCAUUUUCUGUGGUUGCCAAAUGCAUCAUUAGCUAUUCCAGUAAUUUAAACGUCAAUCAGGUCUCACGUAACUAAGCAGUUAAAACAAACAAAAAAUAGAACUACUGUAGGUGCCUUUUUUCAUAACAGUUUUAAAAAGAGUACAUAUAUGUGUGUGUGUGUGUGUGUGUGUGUGUGUGUGUGUGUGUGUGUGUGUGUGAAAGACACUGUUGGAUCUAUUACUAUUUUUAUUUGAAAAUGUAAGAAAGUCAAAGAUAAAAAAGAAUUUUAUUUGUCAGUAUGUUGGCUACAGAUGGAUGUUAGAUGACUUUUAUUGCAAUAUGUUGUAGGAAUUUAUCCAACCCUUUUAGUACCGUGCAUUGAUUAUUGAUUCUGAGACCUACACUCUAAAAAAAGCUGUAAAAAUAGGGCACAAUAUACUGUAUUAAUAUGAAGGAAUUUUCUGUGUUCAUUUUUAGAAUGGUUUUACCUGUAUUUUACAUUUUGCACUGCAUUCAUUUGCAUUUUAGCAUUAAUGGAAAUGUCUGUAAAAUAAAGGAAAAUGUACUGGUAAUUUUCUGCCAGUACUUUAUAUGUUUUUUUACGGGAUUUUUUUUUACAGUGUACUUGUCCAACAGGUCAAACCACAGAAAAGACAAAAAACUAUUGCAAUAAUAAUGCAACCAUUACGGUAUAGAGAUAUGCUGUCAACAUCACACUCUUCAUGAUCAUGGGUGGUCAUGCACAUCCGUCCACAACCAAAGAGGAAAGUUACAAAAUCUUCUCUAAAGACUUUCACACAGUGUUUGUGCAUCUUUCAAAGAACUGGAUGAAGUAAACCUAUCCCAAUUAUGAACUUUAUUCCUGUUCAAAGAUAUUUUAAUUACGUUCAUAAAACAAAUCUGUAGAAAGUUGCUCAUGACUUCUUUGACACUUUGUCACAGUGUGAAGUAAAUGUCAUGUUAAACAAAGAAAGUAUGAUGCUUUGUGUAGAGGCCCUUUCAGUAACCUUGGCCAUGACAAGAUUCAGUAUUAGAGAAAAGGGCUGACUCUUCUCAUGCUUUUGAAGUUACUUUUCUUGUACGGGUGGCAAGAAAACUGUCUGUUUAAUAAGAUCUCAUGUGUCUAGAAUUAGCGAUCUCUGUCGACAUCAUCAGUCAUGCAGAACAGUGAUGACACCGAUAUAUAUUUAAACGUGAAUGAAUUUGUGUUUCUGUAAUACACUGCAUUUUAUUUAUUUCCAUUCCAGUGGAAUAACGCCACAAUCGCAAGGUUUAAUUUCACACGAAAUCGAUUGCAGUCUGUAUUUUAAAGAAUAGACCUGCUAAGCUACAUAUUAAAGGAGUCGAAUGCUGGUAUGUUACCAUACCACUUGUCAAGAUGAUGAUCCUAUCAUUAUUUUGCGGUCAAGCUGGAACUCACAAUGCUAAACAUGAAUAACAGAUAUUUGUCACAUGACUCUGAACAGACCUAAUAAAUCAUCCGGCAUCUGAGGAGUGCAUCACUUUGAAUAUUGGGACUUAACGUGCCCAUGACAGCAUCUGACUUGGACUAAACACAGA